AUUUUACAUGCUUCACAUGAAACUAUCUAAUUAUAUACAUACACAUGUACUACAUGUAUUGAUUGGAAGAUGAAAGCUUCACUGUGAUUUUGCUCAGUUGGGUCUCAGCCGUUUAGAUUCUGUCAGAACUUCUCUCAUUCUCUCUCUCUCUAUCUCCAUUGGAUGAAUCUUUGAACCGAUUCUUCACGCUUUCUUUUCCUCUGGCAUUGUCUCUUCUUCUUCUUCCCGCUCGAAUUUUCCCGGAGAUAAUCCACCAGGAAACUCUGCCAUCGCUCUGUUUACCCAAGAUCCAAUCGACAGAAUCUUCGAGAUCAAAUCCAAAAAGAAAAGAAAAUGGGGAAGAGGACGAGCAGUGGAACAAGAGACUGGAGACAGAUCUACGCGAUUUACGGGAUGGAAGAGAAGCACACGUUCAUCUUCCUCCUCGUGAGCGCCGUCCUCUUCUCCAUCCUCUCCUCCCUCUUCCUCUUCUACUUCCCCCAAAUCUGCGCCUUCCUCGACUCCACCUUCCUCCUCCACAGGCUCUCCUCCUCCGCCGCCGCCGGGUUCGCCGGAGCCGUGACGGCGAUCUCCGCCCUCUGCCUGUUCUUCGCGGCGGCGAACAUGCUGUACUCGGCCGGGCCGUUACGGCACGAGAUGGCGCAGAGGAUGGUGGGGUGCGUCGGAGAUUGGUCGGGGGUGAAGACGGCGUUGGACGUUGGGUGCGGGAGAGGGAUUCUCCUGAAUGCGGUGGCUACGCAGCUGAAGAAGACGGGCAGUUCGGGUCGGGUCGUCGGGUUGGACCGAUCCAUCUCCACCACUCUCUCCACUCUCCGUACGGCUCACCUCGAAGGAGUGCAGGAGUACGUGACGUGUCGUGAAGGGGACGUGAGGAGGCUACCGUUCGGAGACAACUACUUCGACGUGGUUGUGUCCGCCGUGUUUCUCCACACGGUCGGGAAGGAAUACGGCCAACGGACAGUGGAGGCGGCGGCGGAGCGGACGAGGGUCCUGGGGGAGUUGGUGAGGGUCCUAAAGCCGGGCGGAGUGGGCGUCGUAUGGGACCUCGUCCACGUGCCCGAGUACGUGAGGAGACUGCAGGAGCUGAAGAUGGAGGAGAUUAGGGUUUCGGAGCGAGUCACGGCCUUCAUGGUGAAGAGCCACAUCGUGUCCUUCCGCAAGCCUCCUCGUCCCCACCUUGUGGGGCCCGGAGAGGUCCGGCUCGACUGGAAAUGAUGCUGACGUGGCUGUCGGAUGUUUAUGGGAUGGUGGUGGUAUAGUAGUAGUACUAGUGGUGAUCGGAAUCAUGGGAAAGAGAUGAGGCGUAAAUGUGUGGGUAAAUGUCCCGUCCCAUGCAAGUGAAUACGGAGGCAGAAAUAGCUCUUUGCCAAGUAUACGUACUUUGAUAUUAUAACCGACAUUAUUAUAAAAAGGUUUUCAUGGUCAGGUUUUUA